UAUCUCAAGUAUAAAACUACUGGUGGGAUAUUUGUCUGUUGACCUGGAAGAUUUGUAUAUGUGCAGGCAAAGAAACUGCUGCAGGUUUUCAUUGCAUCAAAUUUGGUUCAAUUUGGAAGAUUGAUUCUCUGAGUAAUUGGAUCUUGUGCUUCCUUUGUAUCUUGAUUUAAUAUUCAAACUUGCCAGUCAGGAUGAUUGCAUGUUUGAAAGUGAAGAGACAUGAAGAUGAAGAAGAAGAUGGUCAGACAUUUUUCUCAAAAAAUGGAGGGGUUCUAUUAGAGGAGCUUGUUGCCUUCUGUGAUGGCAAAUCUAAUCCUAUUCGUCAUUUCUCUGCAAAAGAGCUUCUGAGAGCAACAAACUGCUGUGAUGCACACCAGAUUUUUGUGCAAGAUACCCUUUACAAAUUGUACAAAGGCUCUCUAAAGGACCGUCCAAUUUUAGUGAAGAAGUAUGACUCUAGAUGCAGUUUUUUUGAGGUAAACCCGUACAAAGAUAUUGCCAUCGGAUCACAAAUGAGUGUUCACAAGAAUGUUUUAAAAGUUAUAGGUUGCUGCUUGGAGACCGAAAUACCAACUAUAGUGUAUGAAUUUGCUGGCACAAAGAGACUCUCCACAUGUAUCUCUGCUGCUAAUGUUCAGCCUCUACCAUUGAAAUGCAGGUUGAAAAUUGCAAUAGGUUUAGCAAAUGCAGUUGCAUAUCUCCACACUGCAUUUUCUAGACCAGUUAUCCAUCGAGGUAUUAACUGCUCAAAAAUCAUAUUGGAUGAGAACAAUGUUCCCAAACUCAUUGACUUUGGACUAUGUAUAUCUAUUCCUGAAGGGCAAUCGCACGUAAAGAGGGCUAUUAUAGGGACAACAGGGUGGUGGGUUCCACCUGAAUAUUGGGCUAGGGGUUAUAUAACAGAGAAGGUUGAUGUUUAUCAGUUUGGAUUGUUUCUAUUUGAGCUUUUAAGUGGGCAGGGGCUAGCUUACUUACCAAUGGAUGAUACACUUGAUAUUGGAGAGCUCUCCUUUGAAAAGUUCAUUGAUGCUGUUGAUAGUAUAAUAGAAAAUGAAGGAAUUGAUCAGGAGCAGUUGUUGAAUGUUGGAACACUUAUCAAUAGAUGCACCUCUUAUGAUGAAGAAAAGAGGCCAACAAUGAUUGAGGUUGGCAGAGAACUCAAGCAAAUUGAUCAGUCUUUUACAUCACCUUGUUAGCCUAGCCCUAUUUGGCUGUACUUUUUCUCAAUAGUUGCUGAAAAAAAUCCUAUAAUAAGUACCUUUGUAUUUGCUUGAUUGGCCACUACUAAAUGUCCUACACAAGUUUUUAUUAUCCUGUGAAUACAUAUUAGCAGAAGUUGUCUCCUGCAGAUGUGUAUUCCUCUGUUAAUUUGAUUAAUUGUUAAAGUUU